GUUUUGCAGGAUGCACGGAGUACAGUAAUAUAAGAGAGAUGAUCACCAUGUUGUUCCCGCGGCCUCCGCUUCGCCUCAGCAUCUAUUCUCAUUCGAAUUGACCUGCAGUACACAAGACCCUGCUUCGCAAAAUGUACUACGAACCCGGCGUCACCGAGCAUAACCUCCCCCAUGACCCUUUUAAGGCAUGUGUGAUCCCCCGUCCCAUCGGCUGGAUCUCCACGCAAUCCCCGGACGGCCGAAUCAGCAAUCUGGCGCCCUAUUCGCAGUUCAACAACCUCACCUUCGAUCCGCCGUACGUGAUGUUCUCCUCAAAUCUGACCGCGACCGAGACCCGGAAAGACACCGUCGUCAACGCCGAGGCGACCGGCUUCUUCGUCUGGAAUCUUGCGACGUACGACCUGCGCCAUGCGGUCAACAUCUCCGCCGAGCAGUUCCCCUACGGGGUCGACGAAUUCGAGAAAGCGGGCGUCACCAAGGAACCUGCCCGGCUGGUCGACGUGCCAAUGGUGAAAGAGAGCCCUGUCAAGUUCGAGUGCAAGUACCACUCCACCAUCCGGCUGCCGGGGAACCCGCCUAUGGGAACGGUUGAUAUCGUGAUCGGGCGGGUUGUGGCGGUGCAUAUCAAGGAUGAGGUGCUGACAAAUGGGAUUCUGGAUGUUCGGAAGACGAGGCCGAUCGCCCGGUGCGGGUACUAUCAGUAUACCGUCAUUGAGAAUACCUUUGAGAUGGUGAUUCCGGGAUCGUCGGAGGAUGUGUUGUAUGGGUUGGAGGGAAGUGCGAAGAGGAACCGGCUAAAGAAUGAAGAGGGCCAGAAGAGCGAAGAGUAAUCGUGGCGUGGUUGAUAUUUAGAAUAUAG